UGUGUCACUCAGAGCACAGCCCUGACGAAGCUCUUUAUAUAACAGGGAGGAGACGACGGCUGUUUUUUUUGUUUUUGCCUCCGUAGAUGCAAUUUUGGAGAAACAAGAUGUGGAAGAUUGUUGUUUUCACGGUUCUUGCGUCCGUUUUUACCGUCGGGCUGGGCGCUAUAGUGGGGGGCUUCCGUAAUUUGGAAGUCGACGACGAAGGAAUGCUGAAUGCGCUGAACUACGCUGUUGUCCAACACAACAGGGGCACCAACGACAUAUACCUCAGCCAAGCGGCAGAAGUGCUCAGUGCUCGGAGCCAGGUGGUCGCUGGUAUGAAUUACGUCAUAACAGUGAGAAUGGCCAGAACCACCUGCAAAAAGAACAGCGUAAAUGAAGUGUGUGCCAUCCAGACGGACGCAGAAAAGGCCCACUCUUACCAGUGCACAUUUACAGUGUGGACCCGCCUGUGGAUGAGUGACAUCAAGCUGACGAAACAGGAAUGCUAGAAAAAGAACUACGUGGGACAUCAUUGAGAUUUGGCUUUGUUUGCAGCAUAACCUUCACUCAGAGUGACAUGUAUUUUCCUAUAGGUGAACCACAAACGUGUUGACAUUUUUGUGAUUUUACUGCCUAUGCUGCUUCACUGUAUGCUAAACUGAGUAAACGUAUAUGAAACUAAAAGAUGCCGUGUAGGAAUGCAAGGUAGCGGUUGACUGACCUUUAGAGGAGCACCUUUGUAAUGCCUAAUACCUAAACCAAGCAAAUACGUUAUUUUGUAUCGACUUGUUGAUUAACCUAAUAAAAAAACACAGUUUUAAAAUAAAAGUCAAGUCAAAGUUG